UCUGAAUCCCUUCAGAGCCAAGUGAGGAGGUCCCUCUCGUUCCCUCUCUCUCUUUUUAAAGGACCUCGUGAAAUAAAAGUGCAGAAAACAAACCCGAGGCGAUCACAACAGCAGCCGCGGCGGCGGCAGCAGCAGGAGGAGGAAAAGUUGGAGCUGGGCUGGCGCUGCGGAGUGGCCGGGCCCCGCGCAGCUCCCAUUCAUUAAGUCGCCAGCUGCGGAGGAAGGUGGCCGAGCGCCCGCGCUGCCCAUUCGCUCGCUCGCUCUCCCAGGCACACGCCAGCCCAGCGCGCCCCGAGCCGCGCAGCUCUGCACAACUUUCUGCUCGGGAUUUGGCUCUCUUCCUCUUGGACUUUCGAACGAUUUGGGGUUGAGAGAGGAAGAAAGCAGAGGCACCCAAGGGGAGCAGAAAACACCACCGUCUGCGUUGGAAGCAGGCAGCGGAGCCGCACUCUCGCCUCCCUCCGCUCCCCAAACCCGGGCCGACCCGCCACUCUCCCGAGCAGCCUCGGCCAGGAAGCGAGCCCCGCGUCUGCGUGUGUGUCCGCUGUUGCGGGGCGUCUUCGCGGGGCGGGAGGAUCGCGCCGCAGCCAGCGCCAUGCAAAACUACAAGUACGACAAGGCGAUCGUCCCGGAGAGCAAGAACGGCGGCAGCCCGGCGCUCAACAACAACCCGAGGAAGGGCGGCAGCAAGCGGGCGCUGCUCAUCUGCCUCGACCUCUUUUGCCUCUUUCUGGCUGGCCUGCCCUUCCUGAUCAUUGAGACCAGCACCAUCAAGCCUUACCACCGAGGGUUCUACUGCAACGAUGACAGCAUCAAGUAUCCCCUGAAAACUGGUGAGACAAUAAAUGAUGCUGUGCUCUGCGCCGUGGGGAUCGUCAUCGCCAUCCUCGCGAUCAUCACAGGGGAAUUCUACCGGAUCUAUUACCUGAAGGAGAAGUCCCGGUCCACGAUUCGGAAUCCCUACGUGGCAGCCCUCUAUAAGCAAGUAGGUUGCUUCCUCUUUGGCUGUGCCAUCAGCCAGUCCUUCACAGACAUUGCCAAAGUCUCCAUAGGACGUCUGCGUCCUCAUUUCUUGAGCGUCUGCAACCCUGACUUCAGCCUCAUCAACUGCUCCGAGGGCUACAUUCAAAACUACAAAUGCAGAGGCGAUGACAGCAAAGUCCAGGAAGCCAGGAAGUCCUUCUUCUCUGGCCACGCCUCCUUCUCCAUGUACACCAUGCUGUAUUUGGUGCUGUACCUUCAGGCCCGCUUCACUUGGCGAGGUGCUCGUCUGCUCCGGCCCCUCCUGCAAUUCACCCUGAUCAUGAUGGCCUUUUACACAGGACUGUCCCGCGUAUCUGACCACAAACACCAUCCCAGCGACGUCCUGGCAGGAUUUGCUCAAGGAGCCCUGGUCGCCUGCUGCAUAGUUUUCUUCGUGUCCGACCUCUUCAAGACCAAGACGGCACUCUCCCUGUCUCCCCCCAUCAGGAAGGAGAUCCUCUCACCUGUGGACAUUAUCGACAGGAACAAUCACCACAACAUGGUGUAGGCGCCGCCCGCCUCCUGAGCUGUUCUUGUAAAAUGACUGCUGACAGCAAGGUCUUGCU